AUGGGGGACACGACACGCUCCAGAGUCCGCUGCACUUCAGCCUCUACAUCUGAUGAGCUGAGGAUUGUGCUGGUGGGUAAGACUGGAGCAGGAAAGAGUGCAACAGGAAACACCAUCCUGGGGAAAGAGGCAUUUAAAGCAGGAUUCUCCCCAAGGUCAGUAACAAGGACCUGUGAGAAACAGGUCACAGAGCGUUCAGGCAGGAGAAUUGCUGUGGUUGAUACCCCAGGAAUCUUUGACCCAUCAUUCAAUGAAAAGGAGAUGAAAAGUGAAAUGGAGAGAUGUGUCCAGUUAUCUGUCCCAGGACCACAUGUGUUUCUGCUGGCCAUCAGGCUGGGCAGUUACACACAGGAAGACAAGGCCUCUGUGGAGUGGAUCCAAGAGAAUUUUGGAAAGGAAGCCCAUAAGUACACAAUGCUGCUGUUUACAGGAGGAGACCACCUGGAACAACCAAUGGAAGAGUUUCUCAGGCAAAGCAAGGAGCUUCAGAGCCUUAAAUGCAAAUUUCAAUAUCAUGUCUUCAACAACAAAGAGAAGAACAACAUCACUCAGGUUUCAGAGCUGUUGAAUAAGAUAGAUGUAAUAGUGGAGAGGAAUGGAGGACAAUAUUACACUAAUGAGAUGUACAAGGAAGCUCAGAGGAAGAUCAUAGAAGAGGAGAGAAAUAGACAUGAGGACAAGAGACAGACCAGGGAAGAGAAGGAGAAGGAGAUAGAAAAAAGGAAAAAAGAUCUACAAAGAGUGGAAAGAGAAAAAGUAGAGAGAAAAAGGCAGAAGGAGGAGAGACCGGGGCAAGAGCAAGAGAAAAGAUUGAGCAACAGAAAGAGAGACAGAUUAGAGAAAAUAAGAGAGAUGAAAGAGAGACAUUAA